AAAAUGAAGUAUUCACUUCUCACCACCGCACUGGCUCUGGCAGCCAGUGCCACCACCGCCGCCGCCGUCCCCGCGUCGGCGCAGAAGCGCGAGUCCACGACGGACUACAUCCCCUCCUACUUCACCGACGGCUGCACCAAGGAGAAGAUGACCAUCCGCAAGGAAUGGCGGCACCUGACCACCCAGGAGCAGAGUCACUUCCUUGACGCCCUGCAGUGCCUGAUGGACAAGCCGGCGCAGUCCGGCCUCAGCGCGACCACCAGCCGAUUCAGCGACCUGCAGGCGCUGCACCGCGGGAUGACCAACACCGCGUACGCGGACAUCAUCCACCACGUGGGCCAGUUCCUCCCCUGGCACCGAUACUACAUGCACAUCUACGAGACCCUCCUCCGCGACGAGUGCGGCUACACCGGUUCGAUUCCCUACUGGAACGAACAACUCGACGCCGACAGCGGCAACAUGUUCCAGUCCACAAUGUGGGGCGCCGACGCCUUCGGAGGCAACGGCACUGGAUCGGGCUCCUGCGUGACCGACGGCCGCUUCGCCAACAUGACCCUGCACAUCGGGCCCGGCGAUGAGGACACGGACUACUGCCUGCGACGCGCGUGGGACAACGAGGCCGCCAUCGCCAACGCCAACAGCACCGCGCUGAACGCGUGUAACGCGUACACCACCUACUCGCCGUGGUGGGACUGCGUCUCCAACAUCCCGCACAAGGGGGUCCAUACGAAUAUCGGUGGUGUGAUGGCCGACAUCAAGUCCUCCCCCGGCGACCCGGUCUUCUUCAUGCACCACGCCUACAUCGACAAGGUGUGGUGGGCGUGGCAGAAGGCGGACCCCAUCAACCGCAUGUACGAUAUCAGUGGACCGACGCUGAACCACACGGCCAAUGUCGAGCCGGCUGGCGGGUGGCAGAACGCGACGCUGCAUUACGCGCUGUCCUCGUUUGAGAUCAAGCCUAAUGUCACGAUCGGCACGGUCAUGAACACCCAGGGUGGUUAUUUGUGCUAUGGCUAUGAUUAG